UUUUCUUUUCCUUACAGAGAAUUUCAUAAAAGAUUACCUCCUCAUCGAUUCCUACCGUCUUCAGCUAACACCCACGCCCAUCAGCCGGUUGUGUGCUCCCUCCUUAUAAUCAACUGCCGUACCUAUCUAGUCUUGAGCUAAAGCAUCCAAACAGAAGCGCUCCCUUGCACUCUCCCACACACACAUAUAUAGACGCACUGAAAAUGCCGCUGGUACUCACACAUCCCCGAACGAGGCAACUGCCCAUACUCUGCGCUUCGUCGUUGCUACUACUCUGCGCACUACUCGUUCAGGCCUCACCCACACCCAACACAGAAGCGUCCAGUACUGUUAAUCAUACAACAGCCGACAGCAAUAACUACAACUGCCCUGCAGACUGUGAAUGCGUACUGGCGCAGCAUACACACUCGCCUUUCCUGCACGCCAAAUGUUCCAGCUUGGAGGGUUUGCGUUCCUACGAAGCCAAAGAAGAUUCACUGCCCAUACACUCGCUGGAUCUGUCAUAUUUGAAUUUGAAACGGUUGUCACAUCCGCUGGAGAAAUUGCCCGAUGUCACAUCAAUUGAUCUGUCACACAAUGAGCUGCACGAAAUUGGUCACCUUGGGCGACGCAUUAAGAAGUUGAAUCUCAAACACAACCGCAUUACAUCGAGCAAGUUGGCUAAGUUGCCAGCACAUUUGCAGGUUUUGAAUCUGCAACAUAAUGACAUCACCAGCCUGCCACUGGAAUUUACACGGCUUUCGAAUUUGGUGACACUCGAGUUGAGCCACAACCAAAUCAACUGCUCUUGCGAAACUCUGGAGGUGCGCAACUGGCUUCAGGAGCGUCAUGUGUUCAUGGAACACGCCGUCACAUGUACGUAUCCGACCGAGGCUAAAGGCAAGCCAUGGUUGCAGGUCAAACAGUCGGACAUUUGUGCGCACGAAAAAAACGGUCGUGACGAGGAAGACAAUGAACUGAUGAUGGGCGACCAGCCGAUCGAGGGCUCGGGCGAUCUGGACGAUGAAGAUGAGUUGGGAAAGGCAUUUAUACCCAUCGAUAAGGCGAGCACAGCCAAGACGAACUCGGUACAAUUGGACACAGUUGAAGGCUCCGGCGAUUUGAGUGACAUAAAUGCGCCAGUCAAUUUAGCUAUGACAACUGCUGUGCCUGAUAUAGAGAACUCGGAAGAACAUGCUACAACCGAUGCGCCACAUCUAGCGAUUGAGCAGGCGGAAGAAGAGGAAGAUGGUUCUGGUAGCGGUGCUGGUCCAUUGAUAAUACCCAACAUAGCACGCGGUCCUCUAAUUACAGAUGAUUUCGAGGCACCCGAUGAGGAUGACACCGAUGACGCUUUCGACAACAAACCCGUUGAACAACCCGCACCAGAAGAGGAUGUGGAGGAAGACAAGGAGGAGGAGGAAGAGGAGGUGCACAGAAAUGGAGCAGAUAUCUUCGGUGCCGGUAUGGGAAUAUUCGACACUAGUGGUUUUGAAGAGGAAAAAACUGAAGCACACGCAGACGACAAAGCUCUUGAACCGGUAACCGAAGACGCCAUUGUUCCAGCUGUGCAACAAAAUGCUGAAUCGGAGGGUGUGUUCGGUGUAAACACUGAGGGACCUACCAGCGGCGAAGCUAGCCCCAUUUUAACCGCAAAUGUGUCCAACGAUUCAAAGGACGAUAGCAAUGCCACCUACUUUUUGCUGGGUGUGCUCGGUUUAAUUGUUGUCGGCUUGAUACUCUAUGUGGGCAUCAAGCGCUGCAAACACAACCAUAAUGCCGCGCACGAUGCGGAAAACCCACGCCAAACCGAAUUGCUCGACAUGGACAAGAAGAACUUAGGCAAACCAUUGCGCAACGGCAACGAACAUUCACCACUCAUUGGUGACCAAACCAAAUCGGAUCACGCGAAACCGAUUAAUGGCACCGGCCAGAAGAAACCCUACGACGCCAACGAUGUCAAAGACGGACCCAACCAACAACAGCCAUUGUUGAACGGCAAUAAUGGCACCGGCCCCGGUGAUCAUGUAACCAAAGAGAGUGCACCACCGGCCACAGAAGCAGCUGCACCACACGAAUAUCAUCCCAUCACACCACGUUACCCCACACCGAAGUCGCCACGUGCCUCCAAGUAUGCACAAUACCCACAAGCGGGUGCCGAGCACAAUAACAACAAUGACGAUAGUUAUCUGCCUUCGUCGCCGAAAUCAGGACGCUACUCUCCCGUCUAUUCACCAGAAACGGGACGUGUUAAAAUCAAACUAACCGAAACACCUCGUCCCAAAACGCCCAUGUUGGUGACACGCAGCAAAUCGAAUGCGGGCGAUAUCAUAACGACGCCUGUGUUGGCGACGAACGGCAUCGACAACAGUCUUAGUGUACCCGGCGUGCAUGCGCCCACAACGACGCUGGUGAAUGGCCACUAAGCGGUGUGGCGUAAAGUGGUGCGGUGCGGUGCGGCGGUGCGGCGGUACGGUGCGGCGGUGCGAUGCAGCGCAAAGCAGUGAGGCGGAAGGUUAGGGAUUGAUGCAGUCAUACUGGGGCUAAAUACGAGUGCUGUGCCGUGUGCGUCUAAUCGGUGCUAACGAACUAGAAAUAAUAAAAUCAAUUUAAAAGAACAAAAUUUUUCAAAAAAUAAAAAACAAAGUGUAAAAUGUGAAACUAAUUACAUGGGUACUAUAUCGGAAGACUACUGUAAGAGAAACUGUAUAGCUUAGAAUUUGUAAAAUGUGUCAAGCAGUCGAUAAGUUUUAAUUUACACUCCGGUGGUUAGCUAAUAUUAAAGGACAAGUUUACAGAGAUGUUUAUACGUUUUUAGAUGAGGGCUGAGCUUUCUGAGCUUUGUUUCUUUAACUAUCAUAACAGUUUCAAACAAAUUUUUAAUGAGACGUUUUAAAAUACGAUUACGUAGAAAGUUUUUACCGUUAUGAGAGAUUUUCCCAUUAAAAAAUUUUAUUGAAAAUACUUAUCAAAGAAGCAAUGCAAAUGUGCCAAGAAAAUGUGCCUUAAAGAAUGAGACAUAUUUUUUGUAAAAGAAAGUAAGCACUGUAUUUAUACAGACCAGACCAAAAGAACACCAACAAAGUGACCAAAGCACUAAUUUUUUUUAAGAGAAGCAUGUCGCUUUUAUUUACGUACAUAGCACAGUGCGACAAAAACGAAAAAAUUUCAAAACACAUGAAGCAAUCAAUAUGUAGUAUGUAAAAGUAUUCGCGAAAUUAGGGGCAAAAUAUAGUAAAACUGCGUUUUUAGUUUUCUCCCUCAGAUUUUUUUAUUUUUCUUUUAACGACUUUGAU